GUUGCCAAAAAGACUUUCAGGACUGUUUUUCUCUGAAACUUCCUUGGAAAAAUAUUGAGACCCCUAAGAUGUAACUGUAAAAGCUGUUGAGACCUCUUCACAGACAGGUGCCGUAGAGAUUUUCUGAAAGUAAAAGAUCAAUAACCAGAAAGAACAGAUUUGCAAGAUGCGUAUUUAAAGCUCGUGGUUCACAUCCUUUAAUAUCAAUUUUUUUCUUUCUUUUUGUUCAGAGAAAAGCGGGGAUUGGACGAAAACAAACCUUCAGCAGUUUGACGAGAACACAGCUUGAAGAUCAGGUUGAGUCCACAGCGCCUAUGUUUUUGGACGAUUCCCAGGAGCUUACUGGAAAAGUUUGUGGCACAAUUUGCAAAAUUAAAACUCAAGUGUGCUCAUCAGAAUGUGAGAUUCCAGAUUCUCCAAUCACUGACCAGCCAUCCAGCCCACCAGAUACAGAUAUGCUACCAGCUAGGCAAGUACCCUCUAGGGAGGUACCAGUGUCAUCUGUAAUUAACAAGACACAAGAGACCGACACAACAGGAACCCAAACCAAUGACCAGCCCAACAACCCAACAGGUAAGUUUAGAUGCAGCUCUGAGUUUUCUCAAAAACAAAUGUAUGCUAAUGCUUGCCCAUUGUGAUAAGUUAAAUUCAUGUCACUUUUUGACACAUAGUUCCCAAGACAGCUCUGUGUGAGAACAAGCAAAAGGGGGCCUGGGGGUAAAACAUUUUUUCUUCAUUCACUUCAGUUAAUUCAGAUACUCUGAGCUCUUAGAAUACCA